AUAAACCUUAAACCCUAAAAUUCAAAGGGGAGGAUUUCAGGGUUUGAGGUUUUCAUUUGGCUUCCUUGAUUCGCAUUUCUUGGUAAAUAGUUUCAAUUUCAUUUCAAUCGAGUGGUUUCUAGAAACCUCGAGACGACAUUGUUUCAGUUGUGUGCUGCAAUUGAUUAUGUGUGAGAUCCGAAACUGCAGAAAUUGAGAAAUGGCUUCCAGAGCGAUCUUCAGGAGGAACAGAAUCCUCACCGACUAUGUAACGGCGUCGUCUCGCGCCAGCCCUGGAUUCCAGUGGCUCGGGCAUUCCCAUGGCGCUCAGAAAUUGGAGUCCAAGGGUUUCAGCAGUAUCCUCACGCUUAAGAGCAGCAGCAACAACGACGAUGAUGAUAAAGUUUCCAUCGCAAAGGACGAGUUCCGGCGAUUGGGGUAUGUCUAUAUCUCGCCGAUGGGGAUACAUCAUCGGCGGAUGUCGCAGGCGAUUCGAAAUGCGUCUACAGCUGCAGCGGCGGCGACGCCCGUUAAGGCGACUGAGCGGGGCAGUCCCAGUGAUGACGAGGAGAACGAGCGUUUGGCUGCCAAGAAAAGAAAGGAGGCAUCUCCGGAGGACUGCGAUCAAGCCGUUCAGGGAUUGAGCACUGCAAAAGCCGCCAAGGCGAAGAAGUUGCAAGAAUCUCAGAAGUACAAGGCUGUCAAACCCAUGUUGCAGAAAGUUUGGGCCACCAUCCUGGGAAUUGGCCCUGCUUUGAAAGCUGUAGCUUCCAUGAGCAGGGAAGACUGGGCCAAGAAACUUGUUCACUGGAAGAAGGAAUUUAUAUCCACGUUGCAGCAUUAUUGGUUGGGUAUUAAGCUACUGGGUGCCGAUAUAAGGAUUUGUUCGAGGUUGCUGCUAAAGCUUGCUGGCGGCAAGACUCUCUCUAGAAGGGAGAGACAACAGCUCACCCGCACAACGGCUGAUAUCUUUAGGCUAGUUCCCUUGUCGGUUUUCAUCAUUGUUCCUUUCAUGGAAUUUUUGCUGCCAGUAUUCCUCAAAUUGUUUCCCAACAUGCUGCCAUCAACUUUUCAAGACAAAUUGAAGGAAGAGGAAGCAUUGAAAAGGAGGCUAAAGGCAAGAAUAGAAUACGCUAAGUUCCUUCAAGACACGGCCAAAGAAAUGGCAAAGGAAGUUCAAAACUCAAGGAGUGGAGAAACUAAGCAAACUGCAGAAGAUCUAGAUGAAUUUUUAAACAAGGUUAGAACUGGUGCACGUGUUUCUAACGAGGAGAUCUUGGGGUUCGCCAAGUUGUUUAAUGAUGAACUUACCCUAGAUAACAUCAGCAGACCUCGGUUAGUCAGUAUGUGCAAAUAUAUGAACAUCAGCCCUUAUGGAACAGAUGCAUAUUUGCGAUAUAUGCUCCGGAAAAGACUCCAGCGGAUUAAGGCUGAUGAUAAGUUAAUUCAAGAAGAAGGUGUGGAAUCCCUUACAGAAGAUGAGCUGCGCGAGGAAUGCAGGGAGCGCGGAAUGCUUGGUUUGCGUUCUGUGGAAGAUAUGCGCCAGCAGCUUCGUGAUUGGUUGGAUUUGUCUCUCAAUCACUCAAUGCCAUCUUCACUUUUGAUCCUUUCCAGGGCCUUCAUUGUGUCUGGAAGGUUGAUGCCAGCUGAUGCUGUUCGAGCUACACUGUCUUCUCUGCCAGAUGAAGUGGUGGAUACUGUUGGUGUUACAUCAUUGCCCUCUGAAGACUCUGUAUCUGAAAGGAGAAGGAAAUUGGAGUUCCUUGAGAUGCAGGAAGAAAUGAUCAAGGAGGAGGAAGAGAAAGAGGAGGAAGAGCUAGCCAGAAUGAAGGAAUCUCAGGCCAAAGAAGAGGAUAAGGCAUUGAAAGAGAUGAUUAUUCCAACAGCCAAAGAAGCACAAGACCAAGCCAGGGCUAGGACACUAGAAAAGCAAGAGAAGCUCUGUGAAAUAAGUCGUGCAUUGGCUGUUUUGGCUUCUGCAUCUUCUGUGAGUAGAGAGCGUGAAGAGUUCCUGAGGCUUGUCAAUAAGGAGAUUGAACUUUACAAUAGUGUGGUGGAUAAAGAGGGUACAGAUGGUGAAAAGGAUGCCUUAAAAGCAUAUAAAGCAGCUCGAGAUGAAAAUGACAGUAAUGCCGAGGCUGAAGGUGAUGAUGGGGGGGUUUCAUCAGCCCUCGUAGACAAGGUCGAUUCAAUGCUUCACAAACUUGAAAAGGAAAUUGAUGAUGUAGAUGCUCAAAUAGGUGAUCGCUGGCGGUUACUUGACAGGGAUUUUGAUGGGAAAGUAACUCCCGAGGAGGUUGCAGCCGCUGCGAACUACUUGAAGAAUACUUUAGGCAAGGAGGGUGUCCAAGAACUGAUAGGCAACCUUUCCAAAGAUAAAGAUGGGAAAAUUCUUGUGGAAGACAUUGUGAGAUUGGGCAGUCGGUCGGAAGAUGCAAACUCAGCAGAGGAGGAGGAGGAGGAGGAGGAGAAGAGAGUAUAGAGUAAGAUGGUAGCAUGCAUAAUUGCAUAUCCCUACUCUACUUUUGUCAUGAGAGGUUGAUUAUGCCUGAAUCAGAUUCUUAAUGGCUGUAGUUAUUGGCCAACAGUGGAUUUGGUUAGCUUAUGUCUUGUCCUGUCCUGCCCUAUCAUAUCCUAUCCAAUCCAAUCCUAUAGGUUUGGUUUUACAUACGUACAGAAGAGAAGUGCUUUUGAAUCUUCUGUUGGUUAAGCGAAAGACAUGAGAGAGAGAGAGAGAGAGAGAGAGAGAGAGAGAGAGAUGUUUUUGACUUAACAUAUAUAUUGAUGAUGAAGGGAAUUACAACCGAAGGGGUAAGGGAGAAAACUUAA